UCUCGUAAUAAAUGCGGAAAGAUGGCAUAAUUUUAAAAUACCACAACACACUCACAUGACACGAACUAAUAGUUCCUGAAGGGAAGCGUUUCAGUUCAGUUUUCAACGCCCGUUCAUUAUACUGUUGUUCUGCCUAUUGUCAGUCGCAUGCUGUUUGGGCUGGAAGUUACACCGUUCAAAAUGAAAAGCUGCUUCUCUGUGCUUAUUGCUCUCUUCGUAACGAGCUGUUUUUUGCUGGAGGGCUCGAGCCACUUGCUUGGCAGGAAACCAUCAAAAUUAACCAAGGUAUUGGGAUUUUCUUGGCAAAAUUGCGGUAAACCAGAUGAUCCUGCAAACCUGAAGAGUCUUGAUAUUUCUCCAGACCCCAUUCCCAUUCCUGGACGUUUAACUGCAGAUGCAAAGGGCACAACAUCUGUAGAGCUGGCAUCUCCUCUCUCUGUGAACGUGACAGUGGAAAGAGAAGUGGCUGGCAUGUGGGUGAAAAUCCCAUGUCUGGAUGAAAUCGGAAGUUGUCAUUAUCCUAAUGUCUGUGACCUGCUCAAUCAGCUAAUUCCCCCCCCACAGGAUUGUCCCGAGCCUCUGCACACAUAUGGCCUGCCCUGCCACUGCCCAUUCAAAGCUGGCGAUUAUGCUUUGCCUUCAUCAGAAAUCGAUAUACCAGAUGUUGAACUGCCGGGCUGGCUGACCAAUGGCCAUUACAGAGUAGAAGGCAUUUUAGGAAGCACGGGGAAAGAACUGGGAUGCCUUAAAAUCAGCUUCUCACUGCAUUCCUCCAAGAAUUAACGAUAUCAGCCAAAGAUUGUUUUGCUGUCACUGGCUUUGGAUAAGAAGAAACAAAGUGUUUCUUGAUGAAAGGUAGUUUGGUAAUCUAUGGGAGUUUCAUAAGUGAAUGAUUAAUUCUUUAAGCAAAUGUCUUUUUAACUAACGAAGAAUUUCAUUCAAUUGUUUUAAAAUGAUUGAAACGAGCUGUAAAUAUUCUCUAAAAAACCACUGGUCAAAGCUUGGGUACUGGAAAUAUUUAGAUCAUGAGCUGCAGAUUUUUGUUGUGUUACUUGUUUUAAAUUAACUUGUUGUUACUUCAUUUUAACUACUGCUUUAAUUUUCUAUCGUAAUUUAUGUUGUUUGGUACUAAUAAAGUGUCAAUGUGAUGCUUAAGUUUCUUUAAAAGGGAAAUUUCUCUUUUUGGUUCUUAAUAAACAUUUAAACACAAGUUUAA